AUGUCCACUGAGUUAAAAAAUAAAUUCAUCAAAUGUGAACCAGGAAUCAACCAUUCUACCUUUACCUUUAUCGGAGUAAACACUGAAUGGGAACCAGAAUCUAAAAUAAAAGCACUUAACGACUUCACUGUUAUAAAUAUCACUAAAUGGAAAAUUUUAAAAUAUAAAGAAUCUAUGGCCAAAGAAGAAAAAACCAAUGAAAAACAAACAUCCCAAUCAACACAACAAACACAUCAAACUCAACCUAAUCAACAUACUGAACAAGUUCAAAUAAUCCAAAAUAAUAUAAAAAAUUUAACCGAACAAGAGCUAGCUGAAUUAAUUUUCAACAACCCACAAGAGGCUGAACAAGAAAAAGAAAUCAUUAAGGAGUUCCAACAACAAAAAAUUCAAAACCAAAACAAACAAGAAACAAAUAAUAGUGACAAUACAUCUUUCACCUCUCCACCCAAAGAUAAAGAUGAACCAUCACUCAAUUUAAGUUCUCAAUUCGAAGUUAGCAUUUCUACUCAAGAAAUAAACACUAUGCUUAAUACUGACUUUAUCUUUGAUGACUCUUCACCAAUACCAAAUAAAUUAUUAGAGCUGAUUUCACCUGAACCAAUUGUUUUUAGCAUCAGAGAAUUGGAUUCUCCAACUAAAGAUAACAUACUAAAUGAACUACUAUAUCAACCAGAACAAUCAAUUUAUGUUCCUCCUCCUCCUCCCUCCUCCCCCUCCACCCCAAUUAAACAAACCAAGCAGACUAACAAAAAUAAGUGGUAG